AUGUCCGUAGCCGACAGUGUGAUGGGCCCAGUCAAUGGCCAUCGCGGCAAUCAACCAGAUCUGAAGGAGAUGAUAGAGUACGAGAAAAUUGUGAAUCUACAUGACCAGAUAUUCUCUGGAAAUCAUCCAAGGUUAAAGGUUCCCCAGCAUGUUGUUCGCAAGGUUACCACCCGCUCUGUGCAAACACCUCCGCUCCCUAUUGUCCAUUCAAUGCCUGCAGAGCCGCUGGAGGCUCCGCGGAUAAAAACGCAUCCCAUUCCUUCCAGCAUGCAGCCUAACACAUUGGCAUUGGCAAAUGGUUCUGCUGCGGCGGCGGCUCCGGCUGGGGCUGCUCCAGCUGCUUCACAGGCCGCUGCUACCUCCAGUCACAGCGGUCCCAGUGGCCAUCUAGCUACUCAAAAACCAGCAUCUGAAAUUGAUCCUAUCUUCCUUACCAAAUCUGACGAUCUGAUUAGAGCUGAAUUACAACUCCAACGGCAGCGGGUUGAGCGUACAUUGCGUGACCGGAUUGAGCAGAGGAAGAUUGAGUACAGACUAAAGACGUGUCUCCAAGAAGCGAAGCCUGACUUCGACGUUUCAGAAGUCUUGAGAGAGGCAUUGCUACUUGUUAAACCUAUUUCAACAACUGAUCUGGAUGGGGCUAAUGCAGACACCGCAGCCAGUGAUUCUCUCGAGGACAACUCGUUCUACUCGAGCAAAGCCCCCGAUUCUCCUCAAACCGGUGACCGAACUCAGCAGCUAUCCACCGCCGCCCGACAAAAUCCGGUCCGACCAGUAGAAGACAACGAGAUUCCUUAUGAAGGUCAUGUAGUCCGGCAGCGUGUUGAGGAUCGCAAUAGUGAUUCCGGUGAUCGCGAUAUGAUGGAUGUGGAGAUGCAGGAACCAUUGUAUAAUGUUGCGGACAAGCAUGGGCCUUCGAGGAGCCCAGAAAACCUUACUCCUCGUCGCCCCAGCCCCAGCCGAUACCAUGGCCGGGAGCAGCCUGAUAUGUACGAUGAGCCAGAAUACUCCCCACCCGGUCCAGAUAUCCCUUUGAGACGGAGAGAGGAAGAGGGAGAUUACAUUCAGGAACCAGUACCAGGUAUACACUAUAGGCGGAGGAGUUAUGGCAGGCCGGUAGAUCGUGGUCAGGAUGCGAGGCGUGUUACACCACCAGGUCAUGACAUUAGGGUCGUCAGAAAUCAUAUCACUUCUCCAGCUGCCCCACAGCCCUCGAGAGUCUCUCCGCUUGCUGUUUCAAAGGUGCCGUCACUUCCCCAAAGUCGGCAACAGCGGCACACACGCCCUGUCGAUAAGGUGACCAACGUGCACGGAUCUGCACGUACAAGCCCUGAAACUGCUCCGCCCCUUUUAAACCCCCGAAAACGGCGACGUACUCAGGAGAAUAGACCUCGCGUUGCCAAUGAAGCAAGGGUGGCAGACUCACCCGAUCAACCCUAUAUCAAGCCCGAGCCAGUUUCUCCUCCGGUAUUGUCCGAUCUCCCACUUGCUAGCUCAUCAAAACAGCGACCACACCACGAGGGACCUGUAUAUGUUGAUAUUUCCUCCCCGCGAUAUUCCCCUGUGGACAAUCGGCGGGAGAGUGGACAAAGAAGAGUAUACGAGGAACAUACAGAUAGAGGCUAUGAUAUGGGACACCCUAUCGAUUUGAGUAUCCCGCGGUCUACAUCCAGAAUUGCUUACACGAAACCACCUCGCGAUGACCAAAAUCUACGUCGUGUUGCAAGCUUGCACAAUGCUAGACAGCCUGAGUAUGUGCAUGACUAUAUAGAGUCGCCAACUGACUACCAACCCCGACUGAUACGAGCUACUUCCUAUGCCGUAACCGACCGUCCAGCCCCGCAAGAAAGGGUUAGAUAUUAUGAGGAGCCAGCACAACCGUACGGUAGAAGAUAUAUAUCUGGGGACGUCUCGCCUCCCCCACCAUCAAGGCUCCGUGAAUCUUAUCCGGAGAUAGAGCCGGAGCCCCGUGUCAUGGCCCCACCUCAGCGACGCGUAGUAGUCGACGCUGAUGGCAAUCGAUACAUCGAACAAAUAGCCACCCCAGCCCCCAGGCUCCAACCGUUGUCUACUCCAUCAGGAAGAUUCGCGAGGAUGGAGUCAUAUAACGAAGGUCCUUCCCGCAUGCCAACCGGUGGCAUUCGUGCUAGCUCUGUAAUGGAGGACCCUUACCGUGACCGCCGCUACUCCCAAAACAUGCCGCCCCCGCCUCUAACUUAUCGACGGGCACCAGCGCCGGAAUAUCCUCGCGAAGUCGUUCGUGAGCGGCCCAUCUAUGCCCGUGAGGUUGACGAACAAGGACUCGCCGACUACGCACCUCCUCCUCGGCAUGCGACCUAUUUCGAGGAUCCCUUGCCCAGGGAAGAUAUGGUGAGGAUGCCCAGCGUUCGGCCCCCACCGUCGCGAUAUGGGGAACCUUCCCGCCAGCCACUGCAACGUAUGCAGAGUAACAGGCCUGGCGGGCGUGAGGUAAGUGUGUACGUGGACGAUGAACCACGUCCGCGUCGCGAAUAUGCCCCUGUUGAGCGGGCUGGGUUUGCGACUGCUCGUCCUGUGAGGGAGGAGCAGUAUUAUGACGAUUAGGAGGCCUGGAGGAUCGGGAUGGAAAGAGUUAAGAUAUGGUGCAGCAACGGGUUGCGCGGAGUUACUACUCGGCUACUCCGUAAGUAACAAGGGAUUCUCCUCCCUUCAGAUACACUGGUAGUUAUUGUGGCUGGGCAUGUUCGCGUGGAUGAGCUAGUGUUUUGGGUUUUGUUUUUUCGUUUGAUUUCGAGCGGGCUGCGGCAUCAACAACGCCGAUAUGAGCAAGUGGAUUGAGAAGGCUGUUUCUGGAGGCAAGCGGGCGAAUCUUCCCACCACAUCAGUUAUCAUCUAAAUAUUGGAUCGAUUUGAACUCAAGAUUGCCUAGCAGUAGCCCGCAAUGAUUGGAGUGGCCCUACUGACUAUUCUCUUAAUUUUGUUAUUUACUUCAUCUUUUUUUUUCAUUUUUAAAAUUUUUUUCGUUUCUAUGAUCUUUCUCGAU